UUACGGUAGGAGAAAUGUUCCGAACACGUUCAUCUGCAUUUUUCUUGUGGAGAUGUCAGACAAAUUUUUCUGCCCAUAGUUGUUUUGUGAGAAUAAACAACUUGUAGCGUAUAUCGUCUUAAUUUACAACCAAAUUCUCACAGCUAACCUUUAAGGAAAUGUAACAUUUUGAUCCAAUAUUAAUUCCAUAUUUUUUUUCUCGUUAUUACCAAAACGAACAAGCUAGUUUAAAAACCAAUAAUAGAUUAUGCUAUAAUAAGCAGAAAAGAUCUGAAGCUAAUGUAUAAUGCAAAUAUUCUGUUAACGGCUUGUAAUAAGGAACGUGAAAUAUAUAUUACGGUGAAUGAGCGUACCGCGGGCAAUCAAACAACAGUCCUUCUUAAGACGACCCUUGCCUAGACAAUCACAAAACAUAGUUUACUGAUAGACCUGGGUUCCGACGAGUUGGUUUGUCUAACCUGUGUCUAUAACAAAACAACUGAUGGAUAAACCUGCUCGUGCGCUGGAGUCUCAAGAAUAUACCUCUUGGUGGAGCGUCAAAUAGAUCCCCUUGGACGAAGUUAUUCUGUGGAAUUCUGGCCUUAGAUGCACAUACGUUUAGCAACUUACUUCGAUUCGUGUACGUUACAACAGAGAAAAUAUUGUGAAAGAGGAAUAUCGAAAGCUCUCAUCGGAACGAGCCUUUCUCGUCAACACAAUGGAAAUUUCAGGCCAAACAAUAACCACAGGAUUUGUAACCAAACCUGGAGAAUAAGCGAGUAAAAUCGCGAAAACAUCUUUAAUGCAAGUCAAGUAGUGAUUAAAACACAAAUAGAGACAAAAACGCAAAAAAGUUUAACGUGAAGCAUAAACUAAAAAAUUUUAUCCACUCUUAUUUCAUGGAGCUAACUGAGCCAAUUUCAUCUGUAGUCGAUGGUAACUGGUCUGACUGGCAGGACUGGAGCGACUGUCCUGUCACUUGUGGGGGAGGAGUGCAGGAAAGAACAAGGACUUGUACCAAUCCCCCACCGGCAUUUGGAGGAGAGUCGUGUCCUGGGGAGAGUGAAGAAACGAGAGCGUGCAAUGAAGACCCCUGCCCAAUCGAUGGAAACUGGUCCGACUGGGAUGACUGGAGCGACUGCCCCGUCACGUGUGGCGGCGGAGUGCAGGAAAGAUCAAGAACUUGUACCAAUCCCCCACCACAAUUUGGAGGAAAUUCAUGUCCCGGGGAAAGCGAGGAGACCCGUUCUUGUAAUGAAGACCCUUGCCCAGUUGAUGGUAACUGGUCUGACUGGAAGGACUGGAGUGACUGCCCUGUCACUUGCGGCGGCGGAGUGCAGAAUAGAUCAAGAACUUGUUCCAAUCCCCCGCCGGCGUUUGGUGGAGAGUCGUGUCUUGGAGAGAGUGACGAAACCAGAGCGUGCAACGAAGAUCCUUGCCCAAUUGAUGGUAAUUGGUCUGAUUGGAAGGACUGGAGCGACUGUCCCGUCACGUGUGGUGGUGGAGUGCAAAAUAGGUCUAGAACCUGUACCAAUCCCCCACCGGCCUUUGGUGGAGAGUCGUGUCCUGGAGAGAGUGACGAAACCAGAGCGUGCAACGAAGAUCCUUGCCCAAUCGACGGAAACUGGUCUGACUGGAAUGACUGGAGUGACUGUCCUGUCACGUGUGGUGGCGGAGUGCAAGAAAGAUCAAGGACCUGUACCAAUCCUCCGCCGGCGUUUGGUGGAGAGUCAUGCCCUGGGGAGGGCGAGGAAUCGAGAGCGUGCAAUGAAGACCCUUGCCCAAUUGAUGGUAACUGGUCUGAGUGGAAAGACUGGAGCGACUGUCCUGUCACGUGUGGCGGCGGAGUGCAGAAUCGGUCAAGGACUUGUACCAACCCCCCACCGGCAUUUGGCGGAGAGUCAUGUCCGGGUAAUGCUGACGAAACACGUGCAUGUAACGAACUCCCUUGCCCAGGAGAUGGCAGCUGGGCGGAUUGGAAGCCAUGGAGCGACUGCCCUGUCACAUGUGGAGGAGGAGUACAGGAAAGAUCGAGGACUUGUACCAAUCCUCCACCGACAUUUGGUGGCGAGACGUGUCCAGGGGAAAGUGAGGAAACAAGAUCCUGCAACGAAGAUCCCUGCCCAAUUGACGGCAACUGGUCCGACUGGGAGAACUGGAGCGACUGCCCUGUCACGUGUGGGGGAGGAGUGCAGGAAAGAACAAGAACUUGUACCAAUCCCCCACCGGCCUUUGGAGGCAAGUCGUGUCCUGGAGAGAGUGAAGAAUCAAGGCAAUGCAAUGAAGACCCUUGCCCAAUCGACGGAAACUGGUCAGACUGGGGUCCGUGGAGCGCAUGUACAGUCACAUGUGGUGGGGGAACUCAGUUCCAUACUCGCAGUUGUAAUAACCCCUCUCCCGCGCAUGGAGGACUUGUUUGUAUCGGAGAAAGCGAGGAAUCAAGGGCUUGCAACAUUGACGACUGUGGAGUACCAGCUGUGAUAACGCACAUCAACACGUCAUUGGCGUCGUCUCAGAUUGGUGGCAAGGUGGAAUUACAGUGCGUGUCCGACGGUGAUCCUAUACCUACUGUGACAUGGUACAGUCCUAAUGGAACUGAGCUGACAACAAUCACGGGCACAGACAGUACUAUAUUUGUGGACAUCAACAGCGAGGAUGACUUUGGUGAUUACAGGUGCACGGCCGACAAUGGCUUGGGUCUUCCUGUUGAGAAAAUAGUAUCUGUAGAACCUGUUGCUCCGAGAAGGGUCGGCCCACCUGGCGACCCCGGCCCUAAGGGAGACAAAGGAGCUAAAGGGCCGCCCGGGCCCCCCGGAUCUGAGGGAGACCGUGGAAUUAAGGGAACCCCGGGUAACGUCGGUCCCAAAGGAAGACCUGGACCUCGUGGACCCCCGGGACCACCGGGCAAAAUUGUUUUCAAUGUCACUGGGCCUGAUGGGCCGGAUAUCGGACCACUCACUGGCUUUCUUUCAACUGGCAAGGGACCUAGUAUUGGAUACGUUGAGAUAAAAGGUGCCCCUGGAGAGCCGGGUCCUUCAGGAAGGUCUGGCGCGCCUGGCUUUAGAGGAGCGGAAGUAUGUAAAUAUAAGAAAGCCUGUAUUCCAGGCCAAUGGUUAUAAUACGUUUCCAGUAAUCAAUUUUAAGUUCCACUUUCGAAACGAAAGGUAAAGCAGGUGAAACGUUUGUACGUUCCUGGCGACCUUUGCAAAUAACACCCGUCCAGCAGGGAAAAAGCCCGGAGGUACUUCUUUAUAUGGGCUAUAUAGGUAUAUGCGGCCUCAAAGUGUAAUGUUUUCAGCCGUUUAAGUCAUAAAAUAAGGUAUCGAUUUUGGCCAGUUUGGUCAUAAAUAGGGUAUGGUUUUUGCACUCUAGUCUUGAACUGGAAUGUCUUUUAGAAGAAACCUUUUGUCAGGUCAUAAAUAGGAUAGAUAACUAAUGCACACUUUUUCCCCAGGGGACGAAACUCUCGAAUAAAUUGGGCGGGGGUGUGCGGCCCCGCUUCCCAAACCCUUUACUUUAUUUAAGUAACCCCGAAAAAUACACAGCUACGAAUUCGUCUAUUGUUAAAAUAGACACUACUUCUGUCAAUGAAACAAAAAAAAAAUUGUAAUCAUUGCCCGACGACAGAAAGUUUUUGGAAACUAAGCGCAGAAAAUUGUUUUUCUGAAAGUGAAUAUAUGCAAUGGCUUGUGUGUCAACUGCGGUGGAGAGGUUUCAUUAAAAGCCCAUUGCAAGUAUAAACGCAUCUUACGCAGUUUCGCCAAUGUCAGGCUUGAAUUAAGACCUCUACGGUACCUGAGAAUUCCUCUACCACGUUUUCGACGCCUUUACCGCACUAUGUAACUCAUAGUUAAAGAUUGCAUUAAGGACUUUAUUUAUUUAU